GAAAAAGAGAGAGGAGACGCGGAGGUCGAGCCACUACCGGUAGAUUCAUAUCGUAAAAACACUAGUGCACGAAACACCUCAAGUGAUCAACACGUGUUAUGUAGAGUAGUUUCGAAAGUGCAAGCAACAACAACGAGAUGGAACACCACCCUCAACAAUCAACCGAGUCAUCGGGAGCUCAGCACCAACCCUUGAAUAAUCCACCUGCGACAGGUAGCAGCAAUGCACAUCAUACACCGGCUCAAACGCAGAAAGCGAGAAUUGCUAAAAUCAAGCAGAAAAUUCUGCCUGGUGUAAAAAUAACGCUGCUUCUGUCCCUCAUCAUAUAUCUCGCUAUGCUCAUCAUUGGUAUUCUAGGUGUUCACCACUGCCCCGUUGAAGAAAACAUACCACUCUUCCUCAUAGCUACGGGUGCCAUUGGUUUAAUCACGAAAAUUACAACUUACAUGAGAGAGCAAAUAAUGAGGCAUUUUCAAGUUGGAUAUGUUGAAUCGAGCUUGUACACCGUUGAAAUGGUCUUCCUUAUUUUGGGAGCCUAUUGGGUGUACAAGGAAUAUCCACCGAAAUACGACCCUAGUUUUGGACACGCCUACUGCCAGAAGACUGCUUAUAUGAUGGCUUUUGUAUACAUUACAUUUAUAUUGUCGUUUGCUUUUGUAAUGAUAGCAGGAUUUAUCUUUUUCCUUUGUUGCAUUUGCUGUCUCGCAGGUUGUGCUCUAAGUUCGGAUAAUGAAGAGCAACCUCAAGGGGGUGCUGCUUGAUUGGUUUAAAUAUUGAUACAGGUUUUAUUAUUUAAACUAUUGUUUUGACUGUUGAAAAAAUACUGUUAUGAUUGAAAGUCUGAAAGAUUUGAGCUUUUAGGUUGGUUACAAUUUGCAUUUUAUUAUAUAAAAUUAAUUGCCUUGAAAAUUAUUUACUGGAAUGUUGAAGUAAGGUCGGAAUAAUAACUACAACAAAAAUGGUGUUGCUUACUUCAGCUAAUAACUUGUGUGACUAUUUCUUUUGCUGCUGCUGCGUACCGGAAGAUCAAAGACAAAAUUUCAGUCAGUAAUUUUCCCACUAGUUUUCAAAAAUCGUUAAAUAACGGAAGAGAGAGAGUAAGAGGUGAGUGAAAAUCAUGCGUCGAGACAGGUUUACAAUCCAAACCUUGAACCUGCAAGGUCUAAAAUAGGAAUGCGUGUGUAUUGUGUGAUGUUUAGGAAGAAACUGUUUCACUAGCAGCAUAUUAGAUUAGAUUUAUACAUACAAAAAAAAACUACCUUAUUUAUUGUGAAUCUUGCGGCAAAUUAGCUUUUUAACAGGAUAACGUUCGGCUCUACAAUAGAUACCAGACUAUCGAUUUGUAAAUAUUCAAGUAUGAGUUGUCCACCAAAAAACCCAGAUUUGAAUCUAAUACAGUAUCUUUAGUGUUCAAUCAAAUGUCAGAUUAGGUGUCAGAAAUGUACAGCUAUGAAAGACAACAGAAAAAGUUUGAUAUUGUUGAAUGAAAGAAUAUUUUGCAAGGUCAUGCAAAACUAAAUUAGUUUCUAUAUGUAUGAGAGCAGUCAUAUGAGUUAAAGUAAGAUCUACAUCCCGCUACCCACAUUUUGAUCUUUAACCUUGUUUCUAGUUUUCGCAAUCUCUUAUCGAUACGUUUUUCUUUACACCUAAUACUGUGAUUAUUGUGACAUUUAUUUAAUUUCAUUCUAAUAAGUCAAAUUUUGAGCAUGCGCAAAGCUUACAGUUAGCCCAUUGUUCCACAAACAAACGCCUAAGUUAAGAGGAUUUAAAAAGUAAAUUAUAUGUGUAAAUUAAAUCAAAUGAUUUAAUUUACACAUAUAAUUGAUAAUGAUUCUUUACUAUAUCUGUUAACUCUCACAAACUCACAAAGGGACAGUUGAUACUUAACAUUAUAUCGUCAAGUGAAUAUCUAUCAGUUAGCAAUUAAUUUGAGAUUCUAAUUCCUAAUUUUGAUUUGUUUUCUAACGACAAUAAAUGUGUUUUUCGAUAUAAUAGUAAUAAAAUCAGUUUAGCUUUGUAGAAGUUACCGAAAUUGUACAAUCUUCUGCGAAUGAAGAUGAAGUAGAUGAAAUGAUAAAAGCAAAUUUUGGCUCGUGGUUGUCAUCAUCUACCCAAAACAAAAUUUUAUUCUCUUGUGGCAGUUCUUUGGAAGUUCAUUCUCGUCGUUGCUCGGUCUCUUAAAAUCAUCAUAAAACUGGUUCAAAGAUUAAUUUUCGCACUCUGUUUUUACCCAUAUUGUCUUUACACCUCUUGUUUUCACUAUCGUAAUCCCUGAAGCUAUGUUCUAAUGAGAUAUCAUUGAAUUUAAUGGGCUCUGAUUUUUAACAGUUUUCUAUCAGCAGUUCUGGAAAUUGCAAAUGCGUCUCGUAAUUUUUCUGUUUUCUUUAUUUUUGAGAUGUAGUUCUUUAAUUUAUUUUUAAGAAUCUUCCUCUUUUGCAGCCUAAUCUUCAUUUCCGUUAAUCUGAGUUAACAACGAAUUAAUUUUUUCUUCGUAUUCUUGUCUAUCUGUUUUUGUUCUUCACCUUGGCUUUUGAGUUUUUCUUGCGUAUAAAAUUCGCUAAUUUAUUAUAAUUAGCAUAUAAAAUUUAUAUGUGUAUAUUACAAAUUGUUUCUUUAAAUUGCGCAAUGAGGAAUCUUUGAUAAAUAAUUACAUAUCGUGGUUUUGCGUAAACUUGGGUUCUGGGUAGAUGGUAACCAUCCUUCUUCUCUAGGUUAGAGAUGUAAUUCUAUGUGAUUAGUAGAUAAUCUAUUAAUUUUGGACAUAUUUUUUCAUCUAAUGUAGACAAUACGAAUUCUUUGCAAUAUUCUGUGACCGCAGAAUGGGUGCAAAGAUGCAUUUUACUGUUGAUAAAUUUAGGUUUUGAUCGAGCAAGUAGGAGCUUAUUUGUCUUCUUAAUCGUCUAUUCAUGAUUUGUUCUCACAUAUUAUUAGCUUUAAUUGUUCGAUAACUUUAAUAUUCAUCUCGCCCUUUAACUUGAUCUUCCUCUCGCGUUUACCGCCAUGUUUAUAACUCUAGGAUUUUUUUUCAGUACUUGCAUAUUCGGUCAUCUUUUGUUUGAACCAGUGUAAUAGUUUUGCUGUGUUUGCUCUUUGAUAUCUUUUUUUCCGUUAUUUUUUUGAUAUAUUGUUUUGUUAUUGUUUUCUCUUAGAAAUUAGUUGUAGAAUGAAAGAAAAUAGUUUAAAAAUAGGCUAGAAGAAGAGAAAAACAAGAUAUUUGAUAAUAUACUGAUAAGAAAAUAUACAAUUGCUCAUUGUGUCGCUGCACAAUUGAUUAUAAAGAAUAGCUUCAGUCACAAGUGUUGUAAGACAAGUAUUAUUGCGUCACCACACUUCGCUAUGUAUUAUUUGUUCUGCUGCUUUAUUGUAUUCGCCCAAAUAUUUGUUAUUCGUCAGCGAUUAACAAAUACGCUACUUCACACUUGUACCGGUGUGCUAAAAUUGCCAAAUAUUUGCGUCAUGCGUGUUUGGUAGAAUCAAAAUGGACGUGGACGUAUUGACAGUCGUUGUGACUUAUUUUUACUUAAAUCCAGGAAUCUAAUUACCUUUUCAUUUGUGCACUGCAUUUCACAGUAGGUACACCUCAAAUCAAAACGUAGGUAAUAGGUACGAUAGUUUUAGUUAAACACACAAAUUUGUCAAAUUAAUGGUUCAAGAAUAACAAAAAUUACAAUAAAGUUAGCUUAAGAUAAACAUCGAGACAACCAGCGCAGCGGUGCGAGCGAAGUGUGGGCUCACCGUCGACUCACAGUCGACACAUAUAUUCGGCGUUCAUUCAGCUUAUUCGUGUCCUUGAAGUGUGUAAAAAAACGGAGAAGUGGACGGAUAGGCCUAUUUAAUAUUCGGGUAUUUGUUUAUGCGUGCGAAUAAAGCAAAUAAUUGACAAAUGUACCCUCCACACUUCAUCUUAUGCGGCCGAUAUGGCGCAUAACGAAUACCAAAUAGCGAAGUGUGGUGCCGUCAUUAGAGAUAUUUAUAUAAAUAAAAAAUAUUGUCUGUAAUCCAUAUUUUGAAUUGUGGAUUUACAGUAAGUGGCUGAUAUGGACGGUAGUCCAUAAUAUACUAGGUCCAAAUACUAGAUCAGGCUUUGGGUGUCUGCCAAAUUCUUACACACCGAGUGACCAACUUCUCGUUAUCCAAGAUACUUCUCAAUCAAUUCUAAGAGCUAUUUCAGUUCUUUGAUGUUAUAUCAUAUUUCUGAUCUAUUUCUUAUUAGAAAUAUGUUCUAAUUAUUGCUAACCGUUACAGAAAACUUAUAAAUUGGUCAUUUGUAAAUUGUAAAUUUCAGCAUUUACUAACUUUUAUUAUAAUUAUAAAAUAUUAAUGCCAAAUUUAAUUUUAAAUUUUUGAGUUUUUCAAUAAACUAUUUAUUUGUUUAGUUACAGAAUUUUCUUCUUUUUGCUAUGUUUUUUAAACUUUAGCUUAUGGGGUUUUAAUGGUGUUUAAAAAACAUCAAUGAGAAAACCUAAUCAUAUGAUGAAACCAAUAAAAAUGAUAAAAUAUACAUAAUUGAAAAGUAUUUAGUUAUCGGGAUGAUAAUUAACUUUUAAAAUGUGCUCCAUUGCGUUGUAAACAGUGUUUAUCAUGAUCAUGCAGAUUUUGAAACAUAUUUCGCAACAGAGGUUAGUUCAGAGUCCUGAAGAAAGUGGAUCUGGAUAGCUGAAUAUGUAUUUCUUUAACAUUUCGCAGAUAUAAGCAUCACACGGUAUCAUAACAACGGAAUGCAAUGGGUGUAGGAAAGUCCAUCGGAAAAUGGUUUCUUGUAGUAUAGUCACAUGUUGUCGAGCAGUUUAGCCGGUCGCUCCGACGUUAGAAUCACUAUUCAUUAGAAUAUUAUUUCUAUAUCAGCACGACGAAACCUUCUAAGAACCUGAAUAGAUGGUUUGACUACCUUCUCUUCUGUCUGACUUCUGUUUUUAGUGGUAACUUCGCCAACAACUGAUUUAGGACACAUCUAUGAUUUUCGUUUGCGGACUCAGUUACUGACCCACCAGACCUUGCUUUCCGUUGACACAGCACAUUACCCGCACGACGAUAUUGUGUAACGAUAAACAGCAUAACUGUGUUGUUUGGUACCGGCUUAUUAAAGUCUUUAUGAUAUUCCUCGACUAACUGUAAAUUUGGUCGGUCUUAAUAACCAUUUCCGUACGAGCGAAAAUAAUGCUAUGAACAGUUUUUCCUCCAACGCAAUAUCCGUUAUUACUUCCAACCACAUAGCACAACAUUCGUAAAAAGUAGUUCAAACACUCCUGACCAUGGAACCGCACGAAGGCGGAGUCAAAUUCACGUAAAGGCAGAAAGCUUCUAUUGUAAGUGGAAUUAUACAGUGCAUAAUACAAUGCGUUUCGCAUGGAAGUCGGGACUAAACCAAAUUUCGUCUACUGCACCAUGGUCAGGAGUACUAUCUCUACAAAACUAACAAUACUUCACGGCAAUGCAACAUGUCGACGCACAGGUAUGAGCAUGCAAGGUACACGAAAUCCACUAAUAAAUGUUUUGGCAAAUACCGUCUUUGAAUCCAUCCAGAAAUAAAAUGUAGCUCAACUAGAAAUGUCUAUUUGUAAAAAUGUUAAUUAUUUUGAUUAUGGUAUACAAAUUGUAACCAACAAAAAAUGCUUUUAAAAACUCGAAUCAGUUUAUUAUAUUUACAACAUUUACCUUUUAAGCAUCUAUGAGGCUAACAAUAUUUAGUAUUAAUGACUAUAUGAAUCUAAUAUAUCGCUUCGGUAUUUUUUCAUUUUUUGUUCAUGAAGAUAUUUUUGUAAAUAUAAAUGACACCAUGUAAUUGUUAUUGGUUAAUAAUUUUAAGUGUUUAUGCACAGACUAUAUAGCUUAUUACUAUAAAUUUUAUAUUACUCUUAUUUUAAGAAUAAAAUAAUUACUAUUA